AGACUUGAGGAUGCUAUUGAAAUGCAAAUGCAUGAACCAUACGUAAUACUGAAUGGACUUAGUUUUAAGGAUUUAGAGGACCUUCUUGUUGACAUCAAAGUAUACGUUGAACUUGAAAAGGGAAAUAAUAAUGAUUUUUGGGACGAUAUGAUUACUAUUGUAGUUGAUGAACUGCAAAAAAUAAAAAAGCUGAUGGAGCGUAGUGAUGAAAAGUCUACAAGCGACAGACGCCGCGAGGGCAUACACCAUUGCGUUACUAAAAAUGUCGCAGAUAUAUUUCGUGGUAAAAGUACAUCUCAACUACUGGAGUUACGCAAUAGAAUUGAAAAUAAAAUUAAUCAGCGGGAUAACGGUGUUGAUAUUAGUUACUGGGAGAGUUUGUACUCUCAAUUAAAAGCUCAUAUGGCUAGGUCUCGACUACGUGACCGUCAUCAAGAAAAUCUGAAGAUAAAACUUGAGACACUUAAAAAAACAAACUCAUAUAGUGAAAAGGCAGAAUUAUCAACAACGAAAUUUAUGUUUAAUAACCAUGCAGGUAAUAGCACAUCUAGUCAUUGUACAUUUAGCUUUGAAAAUGAAAAUAGUGAUGUUAAUGAUAUAAAAAGCGAACAUGAUUCAUGUUUUCAUUUGUAUAGAAGUGGUAAUUAUACUCCAAAAUAUUUAUCAUUAUCUGAUCUCAAUGAUGAUGUGGUGUUACUUCAUGAACAUCAAAAUAAAGAACAUAUUCAAAAACUACGCAAUGUAUUAAUUCAAAAACGAAAUGAAGAAAAAAUAAUGACUGAUGAAGAAUUAAAAAUGGAAAUUGAAGCCCGAAAAGGAAUGUUAAGUGAUGAGGAGGAAUUUUCAGUGGAAGCUUCUUUGAACGCUUCAAUACAGUCAAAUUCUGACAAAUAUCGACCCCGUAAACCAAGAUAUUUCAACAGAGUGCAUACUGGAUUUGAGUGGAAUAAAUAUAAUCAAACACAUUAUGAUAUGGAUAAUCCUCCUCCAAAAAUUGUACAAGGUUAUAAGUUUAACAUAUUUUAUCCAGACUUGAUAAAUAAAGCAAUUACUCCACAAUACCAUUUGAUGCAAUAA